UCCGAAAUUUUAUCUUGUAUAAGUUGUUAUCGUCUUGUCAAAUGAUAUCAUACCAAAAAAUCAACAAGGAACGGAUUUCAUGCCACGUAAUCAGGGUCCUAUUUCGGGAUAAACUAAAAUGGCUUCUAUCUUUUUGAGAAGAGAGAAUAAUUCCUUUUCGAUAAACUUGUUUUUUUUUUGUACCAUCAUUUCCCGUAUUCCAAGCUUUUUCCAAAAAGAUUAUAUAAUCGUGCUUUAUGAAGCAUCAUUCAGUCUAAUAUUUUCCAUUACCACCCGCUCGGGAAAGCGAAAAAAAGGAGAUCCGCAACGUGCAAACAAUGACGAUGAACGACAUGUCGCAUAAGUAAACAAAGGCGUCCUAUAGACUGAAAGCACCUCAUUUCUUAUUGGACAAAUUCAUUUUUUUGUUUUUUUUUUAAAUUUCCGAGUGAGGGAUGUGGAUACGGAAAAUUAAUAGAAAAACCCUGUAAAACUUUGAAUUUUUGGACAGCUCGAUGUAUUGACUUUUUCCUCGGUAAUGUAAACAGAAAGGAGACAAUAAGGAAUUUUUUUUCGAUUUUGUAAUGGCUAGUACAGAAACAGUAGUUUUUUUGUUUAUAGACUCACUUGAUUCUCUAUGGUUCUUUAUUUUAUUGUGUGAAGGAAGUUCAAGG